CUUCCCAGUGGAGCGAGGAGCCAGCAACUCUGCCCCUGAGUUCCCUUCCCGACGACGGCAGAGGAGACGCGCCUGAGAAGUAAGACCAUUUCUCUUCUGUUUCACCUGCUGUCCGCUGCGCAGGGAGGAGGUGCGAGGGAAAGCAGGCAGCCUUGGAGCACUAGGUGGGCCGUCUGGGGAGCUGAGCUCUUGGCACACAGCCUCCAUGUACUCCGAGAUCCAGAGGGAGCGGGCGGACAUCGGGGGCCUGAUGGCUCGGCCGGAGUACAGAGAGUGGAACCCGGAGCUCAUCAAGCCCAAGAAGCUGCCGAACCCCGUGAAGGCCUCCCGGAGCCACCAGGAGCUGCACCGAGAGCUGCUCAUGAACCACAGAAGGGGCCUGGGCAUUGACAGCAAGCCGGAGCUUCAGCGUGUCCUGGAGCACCGCCGGCGGAACCAGCUCAUCAAGAAGAAGAAAGAGGAGCUGGAGGCCAAGCGGCUGCAGUGCCCCUUUGAGCAGGAGCUGCUGAGACGGCAGCAGAGGCUGAACCAGCUGGAAAAACCACCAGAAAAGGAAGAAGACCAUGCCCCCGAAUUCAUGAAAGUCAGAGAAAACCUGCGCAGAAUCGCCACGCUGACGAGUGAAGAGCGGGCGCUAUAGGGCUGGCUUCUGGAGCCCCAGCCCCUGGCAGCCCAUCCCGGGCCCCCACACCCUUCUCCAGCCCUUCUGCAUCUGGCAUCCCUGGGCCCUGGGCCUUGGGACAUCUGUGAUGUUUACGCUUGCUCCUGUAAAGAUGCGUCACCCCAGAGGGCCUCCCCACCACCCCCAGGAGCCAGGGGCCCCUGAGCCCCCAGGCUUUCCUUCUGGGUAUUCACCUCUCCUGCUCCCAAAGGAAGCCACUAUGGGGAACACCUGCAGCACAGCCUCUCUCCCCGAACGGGCUUCUGAGCCCUGCAGAAACCUUUCUGGCAGAAUUGGGAGGGAGGGACAGGUCUCUCUCUGGCCUGCCAGGCCCCCCAUUCUGCCCAGGCCCCAUGGGGCCCCGCUUCUCUGGGCAGCCCAGCUCCCAGGUCUCAGAGAACUUCCCUGAAGACAGGUGAGGGGCAGCUAAGCGGAGCGUCUCGGGACACCUGCCUUGAAAGCCAGCCGUGGGGAGAAGUGUUCAAGUGCAGCUGCCCCAGGUGAGGAAGGACAGGGGCCCAUGUCAGGCCAGGUUGAAAGGGUACUAACAAGACAGCUUCUCAGAGUUGGCCAGCCUUCCCCCCACCCCCAGACUUUCUAUUUUCUCCUCUCCACAGCCCUCCCUGCCCGGGCCUCAUAACCACAGCUAGCCAGGGCUGCAGCCUUCCUGCUCCCAGAAGUCUAGAACAGUGCUUCUCAAACUUUACUGUGCCUACAAAUCACAGGGGAUCUUGUUACAGGACAGCUUCUGAUUCAGUAGAUCUGGGGUGGGGGCUGAGAUUCUGCGUUUCUAACAAGCUCCUAGGCUGCUGGUCUGAGGACCACGCUGCAAGCAUCAGGGCCAGAGGAUCCAGGGGGCACGUCAUCCCUGAAACCACCUCUGCCCGCCGUGGACCUCUGUCCAGGGGUUUCCACCCACCUCUGCAGCUCCCAGGGCUCUCGAUUCCACCCCACUCCAGGGAGCCUGGGCCUGGGAAGACUUUUGCCUAGAAGAUCAUGUCACCUGAUUGUUGCUUUCAUCAGAGAUGUAAAUAAUUGCCAAUCUGCAUUUCUUACCACACUGUUAUGAUUCAAUCCUAGCCAAAAAAAAAAUUUUUUUAACCUUUUCCUUAAGCCUUGGAGAACAAAUACACAGUGAUUUCCAAUAGGCUUCUGGAAAUAUGAAUGGUGGUUUGAAGACACCCUGCCACCCUUAGAGACUGGCCCCUUCAAGUCCCCAUUUCGAGCCUCUGCACCUGAGACCCACUCCUGACUUGGUUUCCUUCACCUGCCAGCUCCAGUGAGUUCACCUGUUCUUCUUCCUCAAAAAUCCCUUCCCACGGGAGACCAAAUGUUUUACCCUUUUGCUCCUAUCCCAUUUUUAAAGAUUCAAAGAAUAAAGCAGGCCUGUUUCUUUUUCCCCUGAAAAUAAAAUCUCUGCCCCUGGCCUUGUGAACCCAUCGGGUGAGGUGACAGGGCAGUGCUAGAAAAGCAUUUCCUUCCACCCCCCCAAAACUGCCGAAAGAGCUGCCACCGGGAUGCUGUUUGGACCAAAGGUGGACCUACAGGAGGAAAGGGCUCAUCCUGGUCUUACUCCUAACUGGGUAGUUUGAGGGGAACCAAAGAUCUCAUCCUUUUCCUGUGUGUGGUCCAGCGUAGGGGGGUAAGUACAGAUAUGCUGCCUCUGUGUGUGUAUAAGUCGAGCUUUAAAAGGCUCUUGAAUGUGACUCUUGGUGAGAAUGUGGUAACACUGUUCUAAAUGUGUGCCAGGGAGAGUGGUGCUAAAGAUGCACAGUCCCUAAGUAAAGACCACCACUUCCCCAAAGAAGCUGCCCUCAGGGGUCUAUGCAUUAUUCAGAUGUGUAAAGAGAAGCAAGGCAGGGUGUGUAGGGUGGAGUAGGCCCCUCGGAGGGAAUGCUUGGGAUUUCACUCUGUGGUCCCCAGAGGUGCUCCAUGGAGACAGUGAGUCAUGGAGAUGAAGCCCCAGAAGUAGAAGGGACCUUGAGCACCACAUCGUCCAGUGGAGCCGUGGCAGACACCUUUGUUCACUCCCUUGUGACCAGUCCCAACUCCUUUCUAGCCACCUCCCACUGUAGAGACUGUAAAUCUAGAUUCUCACUGUUCCAGCCUCCUUUGCAGCUUGGGGUGACCCUGUGACCAGGUAUGACCAGUGAAAUUUAAGAGGAAGUCUACAGGGGCUUCUGGGAAAGCUUAUACGUUUCUGAUAAAAGACACGGACAAGGUAACACCUCCCUGCCCCUCCCUUCUUCCUGCCUUGAUUGAGAAUGUGAUGCCUGGAGCCACCACAGCCAUCUUGCUACAAUGAAAAAAAGGCCAAGAGAAUCUCAAAGACAUCGACCCUAUCAUCAUUUGACCAAGCCAAUGCCAGCAGCCAUCCUCCUCCACAAUUCUUGUAAAUAAAAAUAAAACCUUCUUUGUUUAAGCCAC